UACUGGUAAUGCGUGCGUGUGACGCAAUGUGACGGUAGGGGAGGGGACCCAGCCAGAGCAGUGUAGAAAAGGAGGAGGAAGCAAGGAUGGCGGAGUCACACCUCUGAAGCGGAUCCAAAGGAUGAGAGCCCUGGCGACCUUUCUCAUCUGAACUCGCUUCAACCCGGGGCGAGAGAACUGCGCUGGCUUCAAUCAAGUAUGCGGCCGAUGGUCACGGCGGCAGUCGAGCCGCUUCAGAGAGUCAGCUUUCCCAUGGAGUUCUGAGCGCCGUUUCGGAAACAGCGAGGCUUUCUUUUUCUCGACUUUUUUCAAGCGCGCGUCCACGGGCGGACACGCACGCGCGCGCGUCGGAAUAAAAAAGGAGCGCAUCUUUUUUUUUUAUAUACGUUCACCUCCCCGUGUAACUUUUUUUUUUUUUUUUUUAACAAAACGAACAAGAAAAGACUUUGGGUCCAUGAGCGACUCGGGCACGGCGACGUCAACAUGAGCAGUACUUUAGGAAAAGACAAAGACUCGAAAGAAAAGGACCCCAAGGGUCCCCUGGGAAAAGAAAGGGAAAAGGAGGGCAAGGCCCUGAGCGGCUUCGGCAAGGACGGCAAGGAGACCAAGACCAAAGGGAAAGAUGCCAAAGAAGGAAAGAAGGAGCCGGGAGGCGCCCCGCCCGCCGUGGCCUUCUCCGUGGACAACACGAUAAAGCGGCCCAACCCGGCGCCGGGGACCCGCAAGAAGUCCAGCAACGCGGAGGUGAUCAAAGAGCUCAACAAGUGCCGGGAGGAGAACUCCAUGCGCCUGGACCUCUCCAAGAGGUCCAUACACAUGCUCCCGACGUCCAUCAAGGAGCUGACGCAGCUGGCCGAACUCUACCUGUACAGCAACAAGCUGCAGAGCCUCCCGGCCGAGGUGGGCUGCCUGGCGGGCCUGGUGACGCUGGCCCUGAGCGAGAACUCGCUCACCAGCCUGCCCGACUCGCUGGACAACCUGAAGAAGCUGCGGAUGCUGGACCUCCGGCACAACAAGCUGCGGGAGAUCCCGGAGGUGGUGUACCGGGUGACGUCGCUCACCACCCUCUACCUGCGCUUCAACCGCAUCACCGCCGUGGAGAAGGACAUCAAGAACCUGUCCAAGCUCACCAUGCUGAGCAUCCGGGAGAACAAGAUCAAGCAGCUGCCCGCCGAGAUCGGGGAGUUAUGUAACCUUAUCACGCUGGACGUAGCUCACAAUCAGCUCGAACACCUUCCGAAAGAGAUCGGCAAUUGCACACAGAUCACUAACCUUGACUUACAGCACAACGAGCUUUUGGACCUUCCUGAAACUAUAGGUAAUUUGUCAAGCAUAAACCGCCUGGGCCUGCGGUACAACCGGCUCUCCGCAAUCCCCAGGUCAUUAGCGAAGUGCCGAGAACUGGAGGAGCUGAACCUUGAGAACAACAAUAUCUCAAUGCUACCAGAGGGCCUCCUGUCGAGUCUGGUGAACCUGACCAGCCUAACGCUGGCCCGGAACUGUUUCCAGUCCUACCCCGUGGGCGGCCCCUCCCAGUUCUCCACCAUCUACUCCCUCAACAUGGAGCACAACCGCAUCAACAAGAUCCCCUUCGGAAUCUUCUCCCGGGCCAAGGUGCUGAGCAAGCUAAACAUGAAGGACAACCAGCUAACGUCUCUCCCACUUGACUUUGGAACCUGGACCAGCAUGGUGGAGCUGAACUUGGCCACAAACCAGCUGACCAAGAUCGCUGAGGAUGUGUGCGGGCUUGUGUCUCUGGAGGUCCUGAUUCUGUCAAACAAUCUUCUGAAGAAACUGCCGCACGGCAUCGGUAACCUGCGGAAACUGCGGGAGCUGGACUUGGAGGAGAACAAGUUGGAAUCGCUCCCCAAUGAGAUCGCCUAUCUGAAAGAUUUACAGAAACUCGUCUUGACCAAUAACCAGCUGACCACCUUGCCCAGAGGCAUCGGUCACCUGACCAACCUGACCCACCUUGGUCUGGGGGAGAAUCUCCUGCAGCACCUCCCUGAGGAGAUUGGUACACUGGAGAACCUGGAGGAGCUGUAUCUGAACGAUAACCCCAACCUCCACAGCCUUCCCUUCGAGCUGGCCCUGUGCAGCAAGCUGUCCAUAAUGAGCAUCGAGAACUGUCCCCUCAGCCACCUGCCCCCCCAAAUCGUCGCCGGGGGCCCCUCCUUCAUCAUUCAGUUCCUGAAGAUGCAGGGGCCGUACCGGGCCAUGGUCUGAUCGCCCCGAUCCCACGUGUCAUACACUACGGAUGAAAACGAAAAAUCAUCUUGAUAAUCAGCCUCUGUUACAGAAGUGGAAGACGUGACCAAGACUGACACAGGCCUUCCUCAGUAUCCUAAUCUUGGCUUUGGCAUUAAGCUUACAUUAGGCCCUGGGUUGUUUUUUUUUUUUUUUUGUUUGUUUGUUUUCUACCAGAAUAAAUGAAAACUCCUUGAUUUACAGAGGGGGGGAAAGCAUGUUUUGCCUCAGUACUUUGUUGCUAUUAUCAGAUUUUAUUUGGAAUAAACGAUGAUUCGCCUACCUCCCUGCGAGACUACAUUUGGUUGCGGUGACAUGGUGUAAUUUGAAGCUGUAAUGUAAACGUAUGCUUAAUUGUCACGCCAGGUAUGAGAUGUUUAAUUUUUAGAAUACUUUUAACUGCCAGUAUGACAAUUUAGCAGACUUUGUUCUUUACGCCCAAUGAUCAAUUUGGCAUACAUUUUAAUUAUAGGGGAGGGCUGGGUUAUGAUUACUUAAAUUAGAGUCAAAGUAUAUUCUGUUCCCCUUUGUAUGAAGUGUAUAUUGAAACUCAAACACUUGGCAACCCCAGGAUUUGCCUGUACUUGUAUUGCAAAAUAUGACAUUUGCAAAUAAAUUAUAUGGUCAUGUUUGGGAUGUUCCAUAUGUACAUAUAUCUUUUAACUGUAAUAAACCUAUAACCAUUUACAAAAUUUAAAGUUACGUGAGAUAUUGUAUUGUGUAGCAAUCUUUGCUUUUACCAAACAGUACUGCAAAAUGAAUGCUGUCUUUUUUUCACAUAUCAAAUUGUUGCCUCCUUGAAAAAGAAAUUGCUUUUCCUCUAUAUAUUUUGUCAUUUUGCUGUAAUAGUAAUUUUAUUUCAACUGUACAAACACAAGAGCAGCAUUCAGCCAAGAGGCUGGUUUACAAUGAGUAGUUUGCAAUGAUUUGCACAUGCAGAAAACAUUGAGGCACAAUUUAAAAUGUUUCUCGUUAGAAAGCGCUUGGGCCUCUUGUAAAGCCUGGACGUCCAAGUCCACAAAACAAAAAUGCUUUAUAUUGUUUUGCUUUUGCUCCUACCAUGGCUAAAAUUAGAUUCUGGCCUGUAGGUCUAAAAAUGGUAAACGGCCUGCAUCGAAAACAUACACCCCUCUCACGUCAAUUAUGUAUAUUGCCAUUAAAACCGAAAGUGAGUUUGACUUCCUUGUGUCUGUACAAAACACACUAGACAAUGAUUUCUAAGCUGUUUGUGCUUUGAGAAACGUUAGUCGAGACCCCCAAGCAUUUAAAAAAAAAUAAAAAUAAAAAAAAAAUUCAAUUUGUUUUCCACUUUUUAACAUAGUGCUGUGCCUUUAACACUCAGACUCGGGCUGUUCCCUUAAAUGUCUCUUUUGUACUUAGAGUAAAGAGACCAUUUAGUGGUGAUGUCAUUAGCGUGUCAACUUUAAAAUCUUUGUUUCGAAUCUCUGAUGUUUGUACCCUUGUCAUGCCUGCACAAUGCUUUUUUUUUUUUUUUUUUUUUUUUUUUUUUUGGUUUUUUAAAAUUUGUUUUAUUUUAUUUUGGAGAUGAAUCCCACGUUGAUAUAUGUGGAGAAAGCUCUGGAAAUGUAUAACUGUACUUUUAAUCCAAUUAAUUGUAAUGUUCAGUUUAUGUUACUUCAAUAUAAAAAAGACGAUUGCCUUGUCUUGAUUUUAUACGUGA